AUGAGGUUAUCUACUGAGGAUAGUCAAGAGAAUGAGGAUCAAUAGGAGGAUCUCAAAAAGAAGUUCAUUUAUUAAACUGAAAAAAUGAGACUAUUACUCGAAGUACCUAUAGAAAAGCGAAAUAAAACAAUAUGUUAGGAUAUCGCUUAAAUCGCAGGAGAAAUUCAAUUUCUGAAACAGUAUAGGGAUAAACCAAAUUUCUUAGAUUUAUGCAAGCAUCUGUUUCUAAAGACUUAUAAUAAAAGAGAUUAUAUUUUUUAAUAAGGUGAAACAGGUGAUGCUUUUUAUGUUAUUUUAAGUGGAAGUGUGAAGGUCUUUAUUGAAGAGCCGACAGAAUUCAGGAAUUUUAUGUAGUUGAAAGAAAUUGCAAUUUUAUAAAAAGGAGAUGCAUUUGGAGAAAUUUCUUUGCUUUACAAUUCCAAGAGAACAGCUGCUGUGAUGGCUGCAGAAAAAAGUGACUUGAUUAUUUUGACUAAAGAAAGCUUUGAGGAAUAUUUAAAGAAUGAUAACAAAUAAGAAAUGUAAACAGCGAAUUUAAAUAAAUUAAUUCAAUUCUUAGAAAAAGUUCCAAUUUUUAAAAUGUUCUCAAAAUCCUUAUUAGUAUAAAUUUGUACCAAAUGUACAAUGGAACAUUUCCCCUCCCAAUAGAUUUUGAUUAAGCAAGGAACUGAACCAUCCAAUAUGUACAUAAUUAAGUAGGGGAGCGUUAAAGUGAUUAGAAAAAUUAAAUUAAAUUAUGGUAGUAUGACUACAAGAGAGGAAUUGAGUCAAAAAAAGUAGGACUUAUUUUAUGACAUCGAUGAACUUAGUGAUCACGAUGUUUUUGGAGAUUAUGCAAUUUUAAAUGAAGUGGAAUCUGAAUGUUCUUACAUAACAGCUAUUCCUUGUUAAAUUAUAUCAAUAAGUUCAUUCAAUGUGAGGAAGCUUCUCCCUAUGGACAUUGUGUAAAUUUACAAAUCGUAACUUAAACGUUAUCCUGACGAUGAAGAUAUUUAGUAUUUAUUUGAGGAGAAGGAGAGGUGGAAUCAUUAUAAGAGGAAACUCAUUCGAAAUAUCAAGAUUGAGAAGUAGAAUAAAAAGGGAUUUGAUCUGAGAUUGAGAUUGCCAGAACUGAAAACCAAAGAAUUGUCACCACCUAUCAAUAUCGUUGACAUCAAAACGAGUGAUAGCAGAAUCUAUUUUAAAUUCUUGGAAUCAAAAAUUAGUCCCAUGGCAGACAGCAAAAAGAAGGUUUCUUAGUUAAGUUAAGUUGGGUUCAAUUCACAGAUCAUUAAGGAUUUGGAAUUCUCAUAGGCUCAAUAAGCCUUUCAAAGAAAACUCAAAAAAUUAUAAUAUAAAAAGUAUUGA